CCAUUAUCCCCUCUAUAAAAAGGCCACUAUCCCCAAUUAGCAGCACCCUGUAAGCCAUUCCAGUCUCCAUCCGACUUGUUCCUCUGGUGAACUAGGUUAAAUUUACGAAAAGAUGCCUAAACUCCUACAUGGCAUUGUCACUGUCAUUGAUCUUUUCUACCAAUAUGCCACCCAGGAUGGGGAAUGUGACACAUUGAAUAAGGCAGAACUGAAAGAACUUUUGGAAAAUGAGUUUCAACAAAUUCUGAAGAAUCCAGAUGAUCCAGACACUGUAGAUAUCAUCAUGCAAAAUCUGGAUCAAGAUCAUGACAAGAAAGUGGAUUUUACUGAGUAUCUUCUGAUGAUAUUCAAAUUGGCUCAGGCUUGUAAUAAAAUCAUUGGCAAAGAUUACUGCCAAGCUUCAGGGUCAAAGCAGACAGACCACAGUCACCAGUACCAAGAGGAACAGAAUGAAACAGAAGAGGAAGACAGAAGGCAAGGUCAUUCAGGGUCAAGUACAGAAGAGAAUAAUUCCUAUUCUGGGGGCUCCAGAAGAAGGAUUAAACACAGGCCUGGGUCCAGCUCCAGAAGUACGGGUCAUCAAGGAGGCUUAUCUAGUUCAGAGCACAGGCAAAGCUCUGGGGAAAGGAGAGAGUCAAGUUCAGGCCACUUCAAGGAUAGUAAGAAAAACAAGCAUGGUUCUCAUCAGCAAGAGAGAUUUGAGAGUCAUUCUUCUGGUCAGAGGCAACACAGAUCCAAUUCAAGUGGUCAAUUGGGACUUGGUAGACAACAAAAACAGGGUUCUGAAUCAAGAAAGUCUUCAAGUUAUGAGGGAUAUGGGUCUGAAUCAGGCCAGUCCAUAAGCAAUGGCAAAACUCAUUCAAGCUCCUAUGAGUCCUCUACUCAGGGAAAACAUAGCAGCAGCUCUAGUUAUCAGUCAGGAGGGUAUGGAAGACAAAAGCAUGGGUCUGGCUCAGUUCAGUCUUCUGCCUCUGGUCACCAUGGGUCUGGCUCAGGACAGUCUUCUAACCACAGUCACGAAGAACAUGGAUCUGGGCAGUCUUCUAGCUAUGGACAAUAUGGUUCUGGCUCCAGUUAUCCUUCUAGGCAAAAAUACCAUGAAUCCAACUCAGGUGGUUAUCCAGGGAGUUGUGGAAGACAAAAUCAAGGGUCUUGGUCAGGCCAUUCCUCUAAUUAUGGAAAAUAUGGAUCUGGUUCUAAUCAAUCUUCUAGUCAGAAAUACCAUGAGUCUAGCUCAGGAUCCAGUUUAGGUGAGUCAUCAAGCUGUGGACAACAUGGAUCUGGAUCAGGUCAGUCCUCUGGCUAUGAACAACAUAGAUCUGGCUCAGGUCAGUCUUCUGGCUUUGGGCAACAUGGGUCUGGCUUAGGUCAAACCUCUAGUUAUGGACAAAAUAGUUCUACUUCAGGACAGUUAUCAAGCUGUGGACACCAUGGAUAUGGCUCAGGUGAGUCGUCUAGCCAUAGCCGACAUAGGUCUGGUUCAGGAGAGUCUUCUAGCUAUGAACGACAUAGGUCUCGCCAAAGUCGAUCUUCUAGCCACAGUAGACAUGGGUCUGGGUCAAGAGAGUCUUCUAGCUAUGGACGACAUAGGUCUGGCUCAAGUCGAUCUUCUAGCCACAGCCAACACAGAUCAGGCCAGUCUUCUGGCUAUGGCCAACACAGAUCUGGCUCAAGUCAGUCCUCUAGGUAUGGCCAUCAAGGGUCUGGAUCAGGUCAAUCUUCUGGCUUUGGGCAACAUGAGUCUAGCUCAGGAGGAUCUUUUGGCACUGAGCAUGGAUCUGGCUUAGGUCAGUCAUCAAGCUCUGGACAGCAUGAAUCUGGAUAUGGUCAAUCCUCUAGCUAUGGACAACAUGGUUCUACUUCUGGACAGUCAUCAAGCUGUGGUCAACCUGCAUCUGGAUCAGGUCAGUCUUCUGGCUUUGGGCAACAUGGCUAUGAAUCAGGUCAAUCUUCUAGCUAUGGUCAACACAGGUCUGGAUCAGGACAGUUUUAUGGCCAUGGUCAACAUGGUUCUGGCUCAAGUCAAUCUUCUAGCUAUGGACAAUAUGGUUCUGCUUCAGGACAGUCAUCAAGCUGUGGGCAACAUGCAUCUGGAUCAGGACAGUCUUCUAGCCAUGGUCAACACAGAUCUGGCUCAAGUCAGUCCUCUAGAUAUGGUCAUCAUGAGUCCAGAUCAGGUCAGUCUUCUGGCUUUGAGCACCAUGGGUCCGGAUCAGGUCAGUCUUCUAGCCACAGCCAACAUGGGUUUGGAUCAGGCCAGUCUUCUGGCUUUGGGCAACACAGGUCUGGAUCAGGUCAAUCUUCUAGCCUUGGUCAUCAUGAGUCUGGAUCAGGACAGUCUUCUGGCUAUGGUCAGUAUGGUUCUGGAUCAGGUCAAUCCUCUAGCUAUGGACAAUAUGGUUCUGCUUCUGAACAGUCAUCAAGAUGUGGUCAACAUGCAUCUGGAACAGGACAGUCUUCUGGCUAUGGUCAACACAGAUCUAGCUCAAGUGAGUCCUCUAGAUAUGGCUAUCAUGGGUCUGGAUCAGGCCAAUCUUCUGGUUUGGGGCAUUAUGGGUCUAGAUCAGGUCAGUCUUCUAGCUUUGGGCAACAUGAAUAUAGCUCAGGAGAGUCUUCUGGCACUGAGCAUGGAUCUGGCUUAGGUCAGUCAUCAAGCUCUGGACAGCAUGAAUCUGGAUAUGGUCAAUCCUCUAGCUAUGGACAACAUGGUUUUGCUUCUGGACAGUCAUCAAGCUGUGGUCAACACGCAUCUGGAUCAGGUCAGUCUUCUGGCUUUGGGCAACAUGGGUCCAGAACUGGUCAGUUUUCUAGCUAUGGCCAGCAUGGGUCUGGAUCAGGUCAGUCUUCUGGCUUUGGGCAACAUGGCUAUGAAUCAGGUCAAUCUUCUAGCUAUGGUCAACACAGGUCUGGAUCAGGACAGCUUUAUGGCCAUGGUCAACAUGGUUCUGGCUCAAGUCAAUCCUCUAGCUAUGGACAAUAUGGUUCUGCUUCAGGACAGUCAUCAAGCUGUGGGCAACAUGCAUCUGGAUCAGGACAGUCUUCUAGCCAUGGCCAACAUAGAUCUGGCUCAGGUCAGUCCUCUCGAUAUGGUUACCAUGAGUCUGGGUCAGGGCAGUCUUCUGGCUUUGGGCAAUAUGGGUCUGGAUCUAGUCAGUCGUCUAGCUAUGGCCAGAAUGGGUCCGGAUCAGGUCAGUCUUUUGGCUCUGGACAACAUUGGUCUGGAUCAGGUCAAUCUUCUAGCUGUAGACGACACAGAUCUAGCUCAGGUCAAUGUUCUAGUUCUGAACAAUAUGGGUCUAGCCCAUGUCACUCAUCUAGCUCUGAGCAGUGUGGUUCUAGAUCUGGUCAGUGUUCUAGCUCUGAGCAAUAUAGGUAUGGCUCAUGUCACUCAUCUACCUCUGGACAAUGUGGUUCUAGAUCUGGUCAGUGUUCUAGCUAUGAGCAACAAGGGAGAUAUAGGUCAAGUUCAAGUGGAACUCAUAAUGAAUACAACAGACCCCAUAUGGGCCCAACCCCUAAUCAAUCAAGAAGAAAUAGCCAGGAAUGGUCAGGGUGCGGCCAAAAAGAAAGAAGUAGGUGUUACAGCCUAUCAGGUAGUGGGCCUGAUGUAUAUGAGAGUAUUCAUGGACAAUCAAAAACAUGUAUGCAACAAAGCCAAGGAUGGAGCCAAGGUCCAUGGGAAUCUGGCUUCAUCGAAUCAAACUGUAAUGAGCAAUCAGGAAGCAGUUGCAGACAAGUAGAAAGCUCCUUGAAUGGUAGCUCUGGACAAUUGAUACCCUCUUUUGGACAGUCUAGAUCCAACACUACCAAUACAUUGUUAAUUUGCAAGGAGGAUAACAGACAAGGUGACUACUGUUAUAAAAGAGGAGGAGAUAACUGUGCAGGGGGAAGUACCGGCCCAAGUUCCCAUAAUUUCCACAGCAGCACACCACUCUAUGAAUAUAUCCAAGAGCAGUGUGCCAAUUCUAAGGAUAAAUAAUAAAUAGAAGUGAAAUUCAUUCAAGUAGCCAUUUAAGAAAUAUAGCACUGUUACAGAUAAGCAAUUCAUUAUAAAACUUCUUUUAAAAGUGGGUGUAUCUGUUUCUUCUUCUAAACACGUAACUGUACUCUAUUCCUUGUUACUAAGGUUCCCUCAGAGAAUGUAGAAUAUGUGAGCACUUUGUUAGGAAAUACUUAGUUGAACAAAUUAUGUGUGGGACCACAUUUGAAAGAAUAAUACAAAGCAUAUGAGGAGCACGGGGUUUAGUUGAGAUAUCAUUUCAAGAGCUCAUUAGUCAUUUUAAGAUGCCAAAGCCAAACUUUCACCCCUAAAGAACAAAGUAUUAGAAAUGCAUUACCAGUUCUGGGGCCAAAGCCUCUCUUACAGAAACAUGGAUCAUAAUUUUUGGUGCUCCCCACAUUGGAUGGUGAUGGAAUGGAGAAGAUCCUAAAAGGAAAAGCACGGCGUUGGUAGUUUCUGUGCCCAUCAAAACCACCAAGACCCUAUUUUUGGGUAAAUCUUUAAUCAAUAAGCUAACAAAUGGCAUUAAAAAGUGGCACUAGGAGCUUCUCCCUCACCAGUGAAUAAAAGCAUUCUUUCUUAAAGAGCAGGGAUGGAUAUUUUCAUGAUUAAAGGAUACAAAUGUGGACUCUAACUUGGUUUCAGCAAUAAAGCUCUUGCCCCCUCCUCCUAAGGAUUUGCUCCAGGUUAAAAAAGGAAGAGCAAUAGCAUGGAAAUAUACUGUCUCCAACCUACUUUUGUAGUUCAUUGGUCUUUCUGUGUAGGAAAAUAUCAUUUAUGCCCAGAUGGAAAGGAAGACUAUCUACCACUGCUAUAUUGCUCCUUGAUUUGACUAUAAUAUAUUUGUUUCAAGUCUUUGGAUUCAAAUAACUGGAUAUCAUUAAAAUUGACAGCAAAUUAUGAUGAUCAUAUACUAAA